CCUCUUUGCCGCACGCAAACAACGUGAGAGCGAGGAGCCGCGGAUGUUAGGUGAUCCUGUGGUUUUCUAUUUUUUUUGGUUCCGAGAUUGUUAUGAUGGCUUUCUGUAUUUCGAGUGUGGUGCUCGAGGACUUGUUUGUCUGCUUGUUAAUUUUGUGAUUCCGGCUUCAAGGAUGAGGAUUGGAAGAAGAUGACGGCGCAUUGAACAGCGUAUCACAAUUGUAUCCUGGCUAGACUUGUGCGCAAUCGAAUUGCGAGGUAGGAGCGGAUCUGAAUGAUGUAUAGGACGGAAGACUUCUAUAACCUGGAAUAUGGUAAUAUUGAACUUUAGUCGGAGAUUACAUUACACUUGCAAUGCUCUUGAUUGAACUGUCAACAGAACAUCGUACUCAGAUUUGGUAACCUCCUGACGAGCUUCACCGGGGCUUGUUAUCAGAGUCAACGCACCAGCUUCCCCGAGAUAAUAAAUUUCUCCGGUGUCCCCGAUCAAUCACAACAAGAAGGAUGACACGGGAUCGACUGCAGGAAUCUCUUUCGUAAGAGCAAAGUGUCACGAAUAUCCGAGAUAAGUAGCAAAAAACAGCACUUUCACCUUUGAAGAGGAACACCUGAAGCAUAACUGCGGUUGUCCGAACCAACCAAUGAGUAGAAGCUUCCAUUCACUUGUAACACGUUCUGGAAGACCACGUCUUUCACCAUCGACCACAAGUCCAGUUUGGAACGACACUUAUCAGAUAACGUCGUCCUGGGCAAGCAUGUGAUAGACAGAAGAACGAGGAAAGGCGAUCCUGGAUACUAGUUUUUUUUCUGUUUUAUACUUUCUUCUCGUGUUUUUUUCCGCUUCUAUCUCACCAUCUUCUAUUUCAUGCAGUUGGUCACCGAAGCCGGGCGAAUCUUUUGUCUUGUUUUUUUUUUUUUUUUUUUUUUUAUCUUACUUCUGAUAACAAUGUCGAGUAGAUAUUGUAAGCCCUGUGUGCGUGUGUGUGUAGUGCUGAAAACACCAUUGUUUGUUAGUAGGUUCAGUAUUGGGUCACCUCGGAUUUGCUUGAACUAGUCUCUUGCAUUCAUUGUUGAAUUUUGAAUUUGGAGGUGGAAAUCGUCGUGUUGGAGCCUCGCCAACUUUGCUUUCGGACGACCUCAGAAUCAGUCAAAUUGGAGUUAGAACGAAACUUUUUGGCAACAAUUGAAGUGGUAAACUGGCCCUUCGCACCUUGGAUUACCCAACCAACUUAUGAGAGAAGCAAUGAUGAACUGUGAAAUAUUGGAUUGUUACAAAUACUGGUGUUGUUAAACUUCAGCAACAAGCGAAGGAUUGUUCCAGCAGUUGGUGUCGUAGUCUAAGGGUAUCAAGCAAUCCUUACAGCUUCGCCCCCUGCGUCCCCUUGUACACUUCCCUCCGCCCUCUCGCAGCAAAACCCUCGCUGCAGUGUGCUGUCUUCUCGCUUUGAAUUGCUUGAAUCUGCGCUAAAAUACAUGACGCCGUGACAACUUUGUGCCGCAUGCAAACAACGUGAGAGCGAGGAGCCAUGGAUGGCUUGUGUGCCAUCGGAAUGUGAGAUGGGAGUGCUUUAAAGGACGGAAGAGUUCUUCAAGUUGGAGUAUGAUUUUGUGGCAAUUGAAGAACAUUUCAAGAAUCUAUGGUUGCAUGAGUAAGCAAAGGAGUAUACUCUAGAAUUCAUUGCCAGUUUUAUAUUGAGGCGAAUUAUACAUAUUUUCCAAAUAUUUGCAAUGGCCUAUCUUGUAAAGAUGGUUAUGAAGCAUGUCUUAGUAAUGUGGAGGUUUUUAUUUGGUUGUUGGACAUUGGGAUUUGCACUUGCAAUGGAAUUUUGUAACAAGUUUGUGGAGGAUAUUGGAGUUGUACUCAAAGCAAGAGAAGUUGAUAUUGGAGAUGUGCUUACUCAAUGCUAUAAUUACAAUCAAGAAAUGGAGGUGUUAUUGAAGACUAAACUUGUAUUGAAUAAAAAACAAUGUGUAAAUAUUUGCCAACCACUUGGCGGUGUUAUCAAAGUAUUUGAAGUCUUGAGAGUUUGUUGCAAUGGAAGAAGUGAGUUUAAAAUUCUAUUUUGCGAAUUUCAAUGUAUAACAUUGAGGAUAUACAAGUUGAUAAAAGCUUGUGCACAAGAACAAUGGUGUGAAGCAAGUAUCCUUCAAAUGGAAAACAAAGAAAUGUUUAGAGAGUUAUUAUGGGACUUGAAGACUUGUUAUGAUGUGGGAAUUGAUCUAUUAUCAAAGAAGUAUCCUAAAAAGAUGGAGGACAUUCUACUUGUAUUGUUUGAUGUUUCAACACGUGAAGAAGUGAAACAUGAUGGUAAAGAACUUUUCAAAAGAUUGGACCAUAAAAGUAAAGAUGUUCAAUUUAAAGAUUGUGAAUUGGCAAACUAUCUAUCAACAAGAUUGAUGAACUUGUGGUGUGUAGAUGGUGGAGAGAUGGAUUUUUUGCAAGUAUCAAGUGAUAUCAAAAGUUUAGAGCUUGGGAGAAUUAUAAAUGAGGGUGCAUUUGAAAAAGUUUAUGAAUCAAGUGGUUUUGGACUUGCAACUGCAACAAAAUAAUGGAUGCUAGUUGGAAUGAUAUGUUCAUGAAAGAAGUGGGUAUCUUGGCUAUCACAAGUCAUCCAAACUUGAUCAAAUAUUAUUAUGCAGCCAAAAGUAAUGCAAAUGAGAAUAGAGAGUCUUCAAAGAUGAAUAAUUCAAGGAAAAAAGUAUACUUGGUGAUGGAAUUGAUGCAAACAAGUUUGAGCAACAUAUUGGAGGCAAAAAGAGCAAUGCCAUACUACUUUCUUAUUGAUAUUAUUUAUCAAAUUGCAAGAGGAAUGUGUUAUUUACAUGACAUGCAAAUCGCACAUCAAGAUUUAAAGCCGGAGAAUAUACUACUUAAUGUUAUAGAUGAUGAUAAAUCUAGUCAUCGUUUUCAUUAUGCUGUUGUGAAGUUGAUUGAUUUUGGUUGUUCAAAGAUCAAUGUGGGUAGGAAUCCAAAAGUUAAAGAAAAUAAAUACAUAUAUGGGACUUUAAGAUACACAGCUCCAGAGACAUUGAAAAGUACAAUGGAAUCGACAAAGAUGUGUGCUUUUGAAGCAGAUGUGUAUUCUUUUGCAAUGAUAUGUUCUAAGAUUCUUUCAGGUGAAGAUCCAUUUGAUGGUAUCAACACUAAAAAAGAAUUAUUGAAAAAGAUUGAGAAAGGUGAAAGACCAAAGUUGCCUUCAAAUUGUGAUGAUUUGAGUAAAUUGAUUGAAGAAUGUUGGACUUUGAAUCCUUCUAGAAGACCUAGUUUUGGGGACAUUUGCAAGAGACUCGUAACAUUGAAGAAAAAAUACUUGGUGGGAAUUGAUGUAGCCAAAACACCUCAUUUUGGAGCAUUUAAGAAGGAAAAUCAUGAAAGUAGUAAAUCAAAAGAUGUUAAUAUUGGUGAUACAUUGGUACAUGAUUGUAAAGACAAUAUAAUGGGUGUAGAACAACGUUUGUCAAACAUCAAACAACUAUGCAAGGAUGGAAUAAAUGCAUUGUGUUUUGUUGGUAUGGGUGGAAUUGGAAAGACCACAUUAGCAAAGAUUACAUUUGAUACCAUGCGACACAUGUACAAUGUAUCAUGCUUUGUUGAAAGUAUUCAAAAGAAGGAUAGUGCUCUUUCAAUAAUUUGCAAAGUUUUGAACCAACUAAACUCUGAAAAAAAACCAAGGAGUUUAGAAGAAGCACAAGUUAUGAUGAAAGAAGUAUUGAUGAGCAAAAAGUUUAUGUUGGUGUUGGAUGAUUUGAAGGAGAAGAGUCAAAUCAAUGAUGUAGUACUUACAGAUAUUCUAUGUUCUAACAAAGGCAACACAUUAAUUGUGACAACUCGAAAUUGGGAGGUAGUAAAAAGCUACCCUACAAAGAUUCAUAAAUUUGAUAUUGGAGAACUUGACAAAGAUGCAAGUUUGAAGUUGUUUACAGCUUAUUCUUGUAGGGAUGGUGAUGAAUUGCCAAAAGAACUUAUUGAGGUUGGCAAAGAGAUUGUAAGAUCUUGUAAUGGACUACCCUUGAGUUUGAAAGUUUUGGGAUCAUUUUUAGGAGGACAAAGGAGGUUGAGAUGUUGGGAAAGAGCUUUGCAAAAGUUAAGAAGAGGAAGACCUUUGGAUGGAGAUGAAAUAGAUAGUGAAUAUAAGCUAUGGAUUAUUUUGAAGAUAAGUUUUGAUGCCAUGAAAGUUGAAGAAAAGAACAUGUUUUUGGACAUAUGUUGCUUCUUUUGUAACAAUGUGAAAUGGGGUGGUACAAUGAAAGAAACCAUAAUACAAAUAUGGACCAAUAAGAAAAGUGGAGAUGAAGAGCUGGAUGCAAGUAUUGUUUUGGACAUGUUGGUUCAUCAAUCAAUGAUAAAAAUAGAAAAAGAUGGAGUUAUAAAAGUGCAUGAUCAAUUACAAGAUAUGGGACGAAAGAUUGUUGAAGAAGAAAAAGAAUACAAAGACACACGAAUUUGGAAUGCAAAUAUGGUGCCAAUACAUGGAAUAACAACAAAGUUGGAAGGUAUAAUUCUUGAUUAUAAUAUGAAAGACAACUUGAGAAGAUUUAUAAUGAAAGGAUUACACUUUUUUUCUUUACGAAUUCUUAUAUGUAACAUUGAUGCAAAGCAAAGUAAAGAUGUCUUUGAAAUACUUAUGUUAUUGGUAGAAAAUGCAUAUAAGUUAAAAGUUUUGUUACUAAGAGGAUAUCAUUAUCGUAUACCUUAUGGGUUGGACAUGAGCAAAAUAAAGUUGCCCUCUAUAAUGUGCAGUGAAGAGUUUUGGAAAGUAUUUGAAGAAUUGACAAUAUUGAGUCUAAUAGGAUGUACUUUUGGUGAACCACUACCUAGAACAUUGUUUACAUCUAGUACGUUGAUGAGACUUGAUCUAGAUGGAUCUAUUGAACUAAAUGUUGUACUAAAAGGCUUUAAAAACCUUAAAAAUUUAACAAUCAUGAGAUUAGUUAAUAAUAAAACUUUAAAUAUAAUGUCAAAAGAAUGGACAGAUGUAAUUUCUCUGAAAACACUUGAUAUGACUAGAUGCACAAGCUUGAUAAGCUUGCCAAAUGAAAUAGCAAAUCUUUCUUCUUUAGAGGAACUUUAUUUAAAUGGAUGCUCAAGCUUGAAAAGUUUGCCAAAUGAAUUGGCAAAUCUUUCUAAUUUAAGAAGGCUUGAUUUAAGAUAUUGCUCAAGCUUGACGAGCUUGCCAAAUGAAUUGGCAAAUCUUUCUUCCUUAAAAGAACUUGAUUUGAGUAGUUGCUCAAGCUUGAGAAGAUUGCCAAAUGAAUUGGAAAAUCUUUCUUCUUUGAUAAGACUUGAUUUGAGUGGUUGCUCAAGCUUGAUAAGCUUGCCUAAUGAAUUAAGAAAUCUUUCUUCUUUGGAAGAACUUGAUUUAAGUCAUUGCUCAAGCUUGAUUAACUUGCCAAAUGAAUUGGCAAAUCUUUCUUCUUUGACAAGACUUGUUUUGAGUGGUUGCUCAAGCUUGACAAGCUUGCCAAAUGAAUUAGAAAAUCUUUCUUCUUUGGAAGAACUUCGUUUAAAUAAUUGCUCAAGCUUAACAAGCUUGCCUAAUAAAUUAAGAAAUCUUUCUUCUUUGGAAGAACUUGAUUUAAGUCAUUGCUCAAGCUUGACUAACUUGCCAAAUGAAUUGGCAAAUCUUUCUUCUUUGACAAGACUUGAUUUGAGUGGUUGCUCAAGCUUGACAAGCUUGCCAAAUGAAUUGACAAAUCUUUCUUCUUUGACAAGACUUGAUUUGAGUGGUUGCUCAAGCUUGACAAGCUUGCCAAAUGAAUUGACAAAUCUUUCUUCUUUGACAAGACUUGAUUUGAGUGGUUGCUCAAGCUUGACAAGCUUGCCAAAUGAAUUGACAAAUCUUUCUUCUUUGACAAGACUUGAUUUGAGUGGUUGCUCAAGCUUGACAAGCUUGCCAAAUGAAUUAGAAAAUCUUUCUUUUUUGGAAGAACUUGGUUUAAAUCAUUGCUCAAGCUUGACAAGCUUGCCAAAUGAAUUGACAAAUCUUUCUUCUUUGACAAGACUUGAUUUGAGUGGUUGCUCAAGCUUGACAAGCUUGCCAAAUGAAUUGACAAAUCUUUCUUCUUUGACAAGACUUGAUUUGAGUGGUUGCUCAAGCUUGACAAGCUUGCCAAAUGAAUUGGCAAAUAUUUCUUCUUUGACAACACUUUAUUUGCGUGGUUGCUCAAGCUUGAGAAGCUUGCCAAAUGAAUCGGUACAUAUUUCUUCUUUAACAAUACUUUAUUUUCAUGGUUAUGUAAGCUUGACAAGCUUGCUAAAUGAAUUGGUAAAUCUAUCUUCUUUGAUGACGCUUGAUUUAAAUGGUUGCUCAAGCUUGAAAAGCUUGCCAAAUGAAUUGACAAAUUUUACUUCUUUGACAAUACUUGAUUUGAGUGGUAGGUUAAGCUUGACAAGUUUGCCAAAUGAAUUCACAAAUCUAUCUUCUUUGAAAGAACUUGUUUUGAGUCAUUGCUCCAGCUUGACAAGCUUGCCAAAUGAAUUGACAAAUCUUUCUUCUUUGAAAGAACUUGAUUUGAGUAGUUGCUCAAGCUUGAGAAGCUUACCAAAUGAAUUAGCAAAUCUUUCUUCUUUGACAAGACUU